CAGAAGAGGGGAGGUGAGCCCAAGGCCACACCCCCUCCUCCUGAGCGAAACUAGGGCUUCCCAGAGGGCCGGGGGAACAGAAGGCUCAGGCAGCGGUCAGAGGCUCCCACGAGCUUCUCAGUGUGGAGUCCUUGGGGCUUUGACCCUUUCAGACCUGCGCGCCUGGGUCCCAGCAUAACCACCCGAGCUCUGCACACCUGGGACGCCAGGGGCAGCCCGCCCAGCGUGGCCCCAGACCUGGCGACGGGAGAGCUCUCUCAGUUCAGUGAACAACUGCCCAGGAGCUGCGCAGCCGCCAGGAGCCCCUCGCUCUCCUGGGGCACGAGCCCACCUGGUGCUUAGACCACAGCCUCUCCCCCCCAGACCUGCCGUCCUUGAGCCUCUGCAGUGACGGUGCCAAGGCCAUGGUGCUGGACAAGGAUGAGGGGCGCCAGCCGCCCCGACCACCCCGGGCCUCUGCUGGAAGCCCCCUCCCGUGGAACCACUCAGCGGGACGGGCAGGUGCUCCGUGUGGACCCGACUAGAGAUGACGGUCUGGGGGCAGCUGUGCGCCCCCCCCCCACCCACCCGUGGGCAGAGCGGGCCACACUCCAGGGUGAGCAGCUGGCCAGCCUUGGGCAGGAAGGGGCAGGCUCGACGGCAAGACCAGCCAGCCCUCAGGAGAGGGCGCAGGGCAGGAGGAGUACGGCCCGCACGUCCCGCCCUGGCCUGCCCCUGGUGCCUGCUUGGCCUCCCCCGUCCUGCGUGAAGGGGCCUCGCUCGUCCCAGCGCCCUGCACCUGGGCCCCCGGCCAAGCAGUCCUUCCCCCCAAACCCUGUCCCCUGGAAGCUGGCGUCACUAGCCCCGUGCGCGUGGAGGAGUCUGAGCCCUGGUCUCCAGGUGCCGAGAGAAGGCAAGUCUGUGGCCCGGGAUGAGGCCCGACACCCCUUGGCAGCUGGGGGUGGGGGCGAUGGACACAGCUAGUGACGCCACUGCCCUCGGGUGGGGCGCAUACCCCAGGGUGGACAUGGGGGCCGCGAACCCAAAUGAGCCGACGACACCGCCCUGACACUUCCAGCAGCACAACCUCCCGCCCAGCGCUCAGCUGCCCCUCCCCAGCUGAGUCCGUGUGAGACCCUUCAGGGGGCAGGACUGGGUGCCUGAAGCAGGACAGCACCCAGCAUCUGAGGGUCUCACCUGCCUGCGGUUUCCAUUUCUUCCUGCUGGGUGUCCUGGCUCCAGAGGCCCUGCUUCCCCCCGGGGAAGCCGAGGCGACGACGACUGAUUCCCCCGAGACGAGGGCAGCCUGCCCCCCUGCCCCUGUCACCCACUCCACGGGCUUGACCUGGAGGCCCCUCACUCCUCGUGAGCCACUGGCUUCUGUUUUUUCAAAAUGCCACUGUGCUAACCAGGCAGAGUUUACAAGAAGAAAACCAACGUAUGACGUACACACACGUACAACAUGUACAUCAUCACGCGAACGUGAGUCCAGCACGCGGAGCAGCAAGUGGGCUCCAGGCUUCUGCCACCCGCCACCCGCCGCAUCGCCUGGGAGCAGGACCCAAAGUCGGAAGAAACCUAUGUGCAAACGCGCAGCGUUGAGCAAAUCCUAUCCUUUGCGUGGUUUCCUAGAAAUAGGGAAAGACAACUGUCAGUGUGGCUGCAUCCCGUGCCCCUCGGAGUGAAAGCUGAGAAGCACCGCCUUGUAGAAGAUUCCUUGGGAACUCCGCGGUUAUAAUUCCAGCAGAAGAGGGGCAGGAACCUCAGGGGGGCAAAGCCAGGAA